UUUACUUUUACACACCAAUACGAACGUCUUAUUACAUUACAGCAGAGACCAAUCUGCUCAGAAUUAAAAAUACAGUGCUUUUUGCUGCGAAUAAAUCUAUAAACAGUUCAAAUAAUCUCUGAAGAACUCUGUAUUUCGGCGCCAAAAUGGGUCUAAACGGAUGCUGUGGGAUCAUCAAGUACCUUGUGAUUUUAGUGAACUUGUUGUUUUGGCUUAUCGGAUUCGCUAUCGUUUUGCUGGCAAUAUGGAUGCUGACGGAUCCGACAUUUUUAAUCUCAAUGACCCAGAAUGAGAAUAAUUAUUUCAUUGGACUCUAUAUUUUACUGGUUGUAGGCGGACUUAUGUUGUCGGUUGCAUUUUUGGGAUGCUGUGGAGCCUUUAAAGAAUCACAGUGCAUGCUGUUCUCGUUUUUCAGCUGUCUUUUGAUCGUUCUUGUUGCUGAAAUAGCAGCUGGUGCUUGGGCCUACCAUAACUCAGCCAAGUUAGACUCUUACGUUCGUUCUGCAGUCAAAGAAGCAGUACAAGACGAAUAUUCAGUGGUUGCCACUAGAACUACCACAAUGGAUUCUAUUCAAAAAUAUUUCCAUUGCUGUGGAGCCGAGGGUCCAAACGAUUGGCAGAGCAGCGUUUACAAUAACGCCGAUAGAUCUUCCGUUGUAAACAUUGCCAUUUCAAAAUUGAACGUUGCCUAUAAGGUUCCUGAAUCAUGUUGCGUCGAGGGACUUUCCACAGCCGAAUGUAACAACGCACGUUCCAAAGGCUUGAUCACUUCCAUUAUCAAGGAUGAUAUUUAUUCUGAUGGUUGCAUGGAGAAACUGGUCAACGAAAUAAAAAAGAACAUCAAAUCGGUAUACAUUAUCGGCGCUUGUGUCAUUGGGGUUGAAAUUUUGGCAUUGAUAUUCGCAUUAUUCCUCUGUUGCGCUAUUCGACGAAAUAACAGUUACAAAAACUAAACAAACUAUUACAAAAUAUGAUAUAACUUAACUUCAUGAAGCAUAGAAUUUUGCACAACCAUGACAGCAACGUACAAGUGUAUAAAUUUAAAACGAUGAUGUAGAACUGUAGGAAGCAUCUAAGUAGUUCCCACUAAAACCUUUUUCCAACGCUUGUCGUCCUUAGUAAUAGAUGCUCGAUACUGAUGAAUUUUAACAGAAUAUUCACACCGAAGAUACUCAUAAAUAAAAUGAUCAUAAAUUCAGUAUACUGGGGUGAUUUAAAAGGAUUACAUUUCGGUACGAAUAUGGCACAAAUGUGACCAUUCAACGAAAACGAUAUACAUUUAUGAUUAAACUUACUAAUAUCCAUGCUAUACCGAAUACUUUGAUGGUUUCUGCUACGAUUUUUUUGUAAUUUUCACAUGUUCACAAUUCAAAAACGAAAUAUGAACGCAAAUUUUAAUGCAUUUUGCUAGUUUAAGGUAAUUUCCCAAGAGAGAUGUUGCCCUCUAUUUAUUAUUUUUUAAAUCAGGAUCUGUUUCUACAAACACAAAAAACGACAGGUUAUUAUUCAAUAAAUCCAUAACUAUUUACAAGAAUAUUAAGAUUUUAGAGAGCUAUAUAAAUUGAACAAAAACUAAUGUUAUGCAGUUUUGACAGAUUUUGAUAUUCGACAAAAAAAAAUAUUUAAAAUAAAAGCAACCUAUUUAAUGCAAUGCCAACAAAGUUAAACUCAUUCAAAGUAAAAAAAAAACAAAAAGGCAUAAACCAUCAAGACGUUUGAUUCCACAGAACAUUGCACAUAAUAAAAAAAAUCGUUUUCUUUUUCCAAGUCAUUGGCAUAUCCAGAAGCCAACUGAAUCUGAAACCUGAACGAUACAAUCGGUGUCAUUUAGAAAAUAAGAGGAAAUACUGCGAAGCCAAAAUAAUUGUGCCAAUCUAGGCGAUCAUAUGCUAUAAUGGAUUAAUUGGAGUUAUUGAAAUGAAACAGCAUAGCCAUAAGCAUAUAUAUAUAUAUAUAUGAAAAGUAAAUGGAUAAGGUAAAACUAGACACAUAAUGGGUUAAUGUAUCGAAAUUGUUUGGAUCGUGCUCAUAGUGUUUCAAAGUAACUUAGCUAAUGCCCACUCUGACAAACAGUAUUCAUGAAUGUUCACAUGCGCGGUAAAUUUUACUGUAUGUUUGAUUAUUUCUAAUGUUCUUCCAGUCUAUUGCAUUAAGGAAGCAUACCAAACAUGAAAUCCAUUGCAUCAAAUCCAUUAAUUACCAUAAAGCAAGGUGUUCAAUAAUGCAUUUCUCAUAACUACACCUUAGAAUCUCUAAAGUGAAUGUUUAUUGAAAAGUAAAGCUUUCAAUACUUACUCAAACCGACCGAAUGUAUUAA